UCCAAAGCCCGCCUUGUUUGUCUUCUUUCAAUGUUUGUGGCAUCGGGCAACACCGUUUCGAAUUCUUCAAGUUUGCUAUUUUGCUAACAUGUCGGCAAACGCCGAUAAAGAGAAAAAAUCAUCAAAAAUGGCCGAAGAUCGCGAAGAGAAAAAAGCAUCCAGCCCCACUGACAAGGAGGAUUCCAAGGUAGAGGCCACUGGUGCUGAUAACAAGAAGAAGGCCGAUGCGGUGGAAGAGGACAACGGCGAAGUUAGCGGCAAAGAGACCGCAUCUGCUGACGAUGAAAAAGCUAACGACAAGCCCAAAGCUAAGAAAUCCGCUGACAGCAAGAAAGAGGCCACCGAUGAAGAUGGUGAGGGCGAUGAAGAUCCCGCAGAAGAAGAGAAAGAAGACGAGGAGGACGAUGCGGAUGAUGAUGAUGAGGAAGCUGACGAGGAUGCCAGUAAAUCUAAACCAGCGAAACCAAGCAAGGAAGUGACGAAGAAGGCAGCGAAACCGGAACCAAAAGCUUCCACCGUUGCUGCCAAGAACGGGGAAAAGAAACCUUCCGUUACCGGCAAACCAUUGGGAGCCAUCGCAUUGAUUGAUGCCAACAUUGUAAAAUCAAAAAUGGAUGUGCUGCAGACGUUGCAUGUUAUAAUCUACGAAAAGGAAGGCAAGGCUCCGUUCAUGAAGAAAAAUUUGAAAAAAUUCGACGGAUUUACCUUCGACGCGGACUCGGAAGAAUACAAGAAACGUCGACAGGCCGCUGAAAAGAUGGACACAAAGAAACUUGCUCAAACUGCGGAAAUUCUCAAUCUGGAUAGUAAGGGAACCAAGGAGGAACUAGCUGAAAGAAUUUUCAAAUUUCUUGAGAAACCUGAGGGAGAUGAUCAUCUUGCAGAGGAGGAGGCUGAAGACGAAGAAGCCGCAGAAGAUGAGGAAGACCACAGUGAAGAGGAAGCAAAGAAACCGGCAAAACGUCCCCCUCCUACCACCAAAGGUGGUCGCGAAACGUCCAAAGGCACUGGCGGAAGACCACAGCGAGCUACUGCAGGACGUGGUUAUCAAGAUAAUUCCUUAUAUGUAGAUUACACCAGUUCUGAAGAGGAGGAGAAAGUAGUCAAACAACGGGGACGCCGUCGCAAUGAUUCCGAUAGUGGAUCCGACUAUAACCCAUCCGCUGGAUCCGACUCAGACGCUGGCAAACGACGAUCUGCGCGAGCACCUGCACGUGGCAAUCGGGUUUCAGCACGCAAUCGUCGCCGGCAGUCCAGCGAAGAUGAAGAAUCUGACGCAAGCCCAAGUGAUGAGGACUUCAGCGAUGACGAACCCAAGAAAAAGAAGGCAAAACCUACACCGACGCGAGGUCGAGGGCGUCCAGCAGGUCGAGCCGUGGCAGCUAAGGGUCGAGGCCGGAAACGAAAGGCCGAUACUGAAAGUGAAGACGAAGAAGAGGAUGAGGAAUCCGUAGCAGAGAGCGAGGACAGCGAGAAGCCGCAGAAGAAGUCUCCAGCUAAGGGUAAAACGGCAGAUAACAGUAAAGCGAAAAAUGCUGCUCCCUCAAAAGGAAGGGGCAGACCGAAGCGUGAAGCCCCAGCCAAGAAAUCAAAACGUGACGAAAGUUCUGAAGAUGAGGAAGACGAAGAGGAACCUGAGCAGGAAGAAAAUGAAUCAGAGGAGGAAGACGAGAAACCAUUGAAGAAGACCAACAAGGAAGAAAAGUCGAGCAAAGAGUCCAAGGAAAAAGAUGAGGCAGCACCACCUAGUGAGGACGAUAUCAAAGAAUUCCUCAAAGAAAUCCUCGAGGAAGCUAACUUAGAGGAGAUUACUAUGAAAACGGUGUGUAAAAAGGUAUACGCCAAGUAUCCGGACCACGAUCUGUCGCAUAAAAAAGAUUUCAUUAAGGCAACAGUCAAAUCUCUGAUAUCGACGUAAGAAAUUCGAUGUGUGAGAAUUUAUGUUUCUGCAAGCUUAUGCACGUUUUAUUAACUACAAACAUCAACUAACUUUUUACAGUGGAUAUGAUCAUUGAAUCAUACGGUUAUGUGGUUCUAGCGCGUUCGCGAAACAUAAACAUCAUCCUGUGGAAUGCAUGCAUUGAUAACAUAUGUAAGCAAAAAAUCGAAAACGGACUUGCGAGGGAUUAGUAGACAAAUGAAAAACAGUUGAGCAGGAAAAAUAUCAUCAAGAAUUACACAGAAAACAGUAAGAAAAUGCUGUCAAGAUGCAUGAUUCGAAGUUAGAUGUCAUUGAACUAUAAUGAAUAAUUCUCGACGCAGUCAUUUAUUAAUAUGAUGCUUUGUUUUUAAUUUAAGUUCUUCAAAAUUUCUUUUAUUUUUUAUUUUUUAAUUGUUUUCCCUUGCUGUCGAUUGAAUAAAUCAUCGAAAGCUUUUCAAUACAUCAUUUUCAUAGACUUGAAAGUUUCAAUAUUUGAAUGCUUGUUUAUUUCGCAAAUCAUAUUGCAAAACCAGCAAACGGAAACAACACAAAGUAUUGAUUCGAAACAUUGUAAAUGCAAGGAGCAGAUAACAUAUGAUAGGAAAACUUUCGAACACAAAACUAAAUCCACAUUUGGCCUCGAAACAGAAUUACACUAGAAAGCCGCGUAGGCCGGUAGGACCUUGAAUUACAAGUGAUGAAAAUAGCAAAGCAGAAGCACACAAAAUUUAUUUUGGAAAACGAAAGAAAAAUUUAACAAAUGCACCAAGCAUACUAAGUCGUGUUGAUAUGACAGAGAAUAGUUCUUUUUUUUUAUAUCGAGAGUAAUGUAAUGGAAGCAAGCGCUAUAAAUUGCGGUGUUUAAUAUAAAUAUAAAUACAAACAGGAAGAUAAGAAAACAAAAUACAAAAUUAUUCUUCAGAAUACAAAUAAACUAUAAUAACUAGGUGGAA